AGCGUGCCUUCAAAAUAAAACCUGACGUUGACGGCAGGAAUUAACUUUUACCGACAUGGAUGCCAAAGUUUUACUUGUGAUUUCUACGCUAGCAACGCUUAGUGUCGUUGAAUCUGCCGUGGAUUCGAGCAGCAGUAAUGUUUGUUCUUCCAACCCUUGUCGAAAUGGCGGCAUAUGCGCCGUAAAUGUUACACAGUUUGCAUGUCAGUGUUUGCAUGGAUUUUCAGGACGAUUGUGUGAAAUAAAGCCAAAGGACUGCACGCCAACACUUUGUGCUAAUGGCGUUUGUCAAAUGGAUGGCACAGGAGUUCCACAGUGCUUUUGUAAGCCUGGUUUUGUAGGUUAUCGUUGCGACAUUAACCAAGACGAUUGUGCAUCCAAUCCAUGCCUCAACAAUGGGCUUUGUGUAGAUCGAAUUAACGGUUAUCGUUGCACUUGCAAGAAUGGAUUUUAUGGUCUACAUUGUGAGUUCAAAGACGAGUUAAUUCAACAGUGUGUUUCUCAAUGUGGUACUGGAAUAUGUUGGCACAAUGAAAGCCGAACCAUUUCCCUUGAAUGGGGCUAUGGAGACACUCUUUGCAACACAAGAGAAACAUGCUUUGGAAAGGACUACAACAACAGCAUUCAAGUCUCUUCCGACACCUUCCUCGAGGUACAACUUAAACCACAACAGAUACAAGUUGGUGACAGUUUAAAUUUUACAAGAGAUGAAAACAUGGCUUUCUAUACUGAUGGACUAAGACCCUUCAGUAGUAACGACAAAAGUGUGUUUCUUUCUUGUAGUUCUAACUCCUCCAAUGGGAACUAUGUCAUUCCACAGCGACAAGGACUUGUACACAUUAGUCCUGACAGUUUGAAGGAAGGCUUUCAUUAUUUUAUUGAUAAUGUAGAUUUGACUUUUAGAUGUGACUUUGGUCUAAGAGUAAAUGUUAGUGUAAAAGCUAACAAAUGUUACAAGCCUGGUUCUAGUGAGCAAUGUUCAAGAAGAGGUCAAUGCACCACAGAUUUCUCCCAGACAGCAUUCCAGUGUAGAUGCUGUGGAGGAUUCAGGGGGGAGUUCUGUGAAAAAAUAGAUCACUGUUACUCCAAGCCAUGUAAAAAUCAUGCCAUCUGUACCAAUAUUGAUGAUGAUCAAGAAUUGUACAAGUGUAAAUGUGUGAAAGGUUAUGAAGGAAGGCAUUGUAACAGAGUGAUUGACAUGUGCGCAUCAAGUCCUUGUCAGAAUGGUGCAUCAUGCACCCCCCUGUUAAACGACUACUCCUGCAAUUGCCCCAAAGGCUAUGUUGGCAAAAACUGUGCAGUAGAAGUUAAUGAAUGUGAUUCAAAUCCUUGCAUCAAUGGAGCUACCUGUGUUAAUAAACUCGGUUCCUUCCAGUGUGUUUGCCGUAGUGGAUUUACUGGUUAUCACUGUGAGGUGAACAUCAAUGACUGUGCGUCUGACCCAUGUGCCCAAGGUACCUGUAUUGAUCAAGUGAACCGAUACAAAUGCUACUGUAAACCAGGCUACGGUGGACCUAACUGUCGACUAAACCUGAAUGAGUGUAUAUCCAACCCGUGUCUCAAUGGAGGCUUCUGUGUUGAUGAGGUCAACAACUAUCGUUGUGACUGUGGACAUGGUUACACAGGACGUCAUUGUCAGGAAGAUGUAGACCUUUGUGCCAAGCCUGAAUUUUGUACCAAUUCCAUAUCUUGUGACGAUAAAGGCCACAGUGUCAAAUGUGUGUGCAAGUCUGGUUAUACAGGUGCAAACUGUGGUGUUGAUAUUCAUGACUGUGCUUGUAAUCCUUGUCAAAAUGGAGGAAAGUGCAGAGACUUGGUCAAUGGCUAUCAAUGCUACUGUCCUCCUGGUUUUGAAGGCAAAUCAUGUGAAGAUAAGGUCAAACCAACAACACAAGCUCCUGUCAAGCAUGAUCUUGUCCUGAAAAUCCUAACAGAGGACUGCCACCUUCUUAAGGAUUCAGUUCUUCUUCAAGAUAUUCUGGUAAAUAUCACAAGACACAUUGCAGCUGCAUGUACUUGUGGCUUCAACAAACAACACAUUCUUCAUGACUCAGUCUCCCUGGCAUGCGUUGAUACCAUUUCUGGCCAGUUGACCAUCCAAGUUAUUGACGAUGAAGACAUUGCUUUUGAUGAUUUGCAGUGUGAAUUUAGAGCAUAUGUUGCAAAACACAAUAAUGUUGUUGAAUUAGGCCAUGAUACUUACAUUAGAGGUUUCUAUGGUGACGUUCCUUCAAAAUGCCASAAGUCAAGUGUUGAUUCAGACAAAGUGCUYGAGACAAAUACCAACAUUGCUGUGACUGUGGGAUCCCUGUGUGCAGUGGUUGGUCUGAUUGUAGCAGGCAUUGUAGUGUGUUGUAAGUGUAGAAGGACAAGACCUCCUGUAAAGCAGAUAAAUACUAACAAAGAAGAUGAUCUCAUCAAUGACCUUAGUGGYGACCUCCUGUCAGCUGUAGCCCCAACACCSAAGUCKAUGUAUAGAACAAGUGGAGGUUAUCAUAACAUGGGUUUUAAUCCUGGACGAUUUAACCCAGAAAACCCAAUCCCUUCACGAAAAGUGUGAUCUUCAAAUUGUUUGAUUUGAAUUAUCCUCUGGAAAAAAAUAAUUUCCUGUACGAGAGUUGGUCCUGAUUACMGCACCCAUGUGGUUAAUAACCAUACGUGUUCUGUAAAUCUCAAGAAUUCAGCUUUUGCAUAUAUGUUGUUCUACAUCCAAGAAAAAGAUAAACAUGACAUUUGUAUCAUUUAGAAAUUGGAUGGAAGAUUCCCAGCAACCUGCUGUAUAUUAAAUUCCCAUGCAUCGCUAUACAAGUUAGAAAGUAUUGCACAUAAUAUUGUGCUCUUGUAAUAGGAUAUUAUCGUUGCAAUAUAGGAUUGUUAUGCAAUAUAUAAUAUAAUUAUAUCAAAGAAGACAAUAAAACAACCACCAAAAUACUACAACCAAACCAACAGAAAAAAAUGAUGAUCAAAAUAAGGACUGACCCAAGCCUGGUUUGAAAGAUGGAUACAGCCACUAUUCAGCUUUUGGAAACACCAGUAAUAGUUAAUGAUUGUCAUAUUAUUUGCAAAUAGCUAGGGAUCAGUUCCACAAUAGUACUCUUUUGAUGUGGUUGUUUCAUUGUCAAGAGUUCAUAUAAGAGGGGUGUGCCCUUUUCUAUAAAAAGGAAAAUUCAUAGUAUAUUAUAUUGCAUUUUAUAAAAAUUGAAAAACAUUUCCACUCACUAUGCGUUAGAUAUUUUCGUGUUAUAGAUUAAUCAAGGCAUUACUACUUGUGUCCUAAUCAGUCACUGAAAGAGUAAACUGAGCUAUAAAUUUCAAUUUCCUUUUGCGAAGGAAAUUACUACUCAUUUAUGCCUACAAGUACAACCAUAGUUGGAACCCUGUGGGUAUUUUGUUGUGUUUUUUUUUUACAUGAUACUUUUUAGAUUUUUUAGCAUUUUUAUCUAGGAUAGAUGUUUGGUGAUAUUGUGCAUGAUAUUGAUCUAUAAGUUGAAUACUUUUUCAAUAAUCAUUAUUGAUUAAUUUGGCUUUAUGAGUUAUUUGAAGAUAAAACUAAUUCAAGGAAGUUUUGAAUCAUUUUAGACGGAUAGCCAGAUAGCGUCGAAACAUCAAUAAAAUGUUUUCAAACUUCCUUGAUUAAUUUUACUCUUCAAAUAUUAUUAUUAUUUUUUUUUUGAAACAGAAAAUUUCAACCUAAGUUAAAUUCAAAUAAUAUGGUUGUAUACUUGAUUUGCAUUUGUUUUGUAUUAUUUUUUGAAAUGAAAUAAAAUGAUUCUUUCUAUUUCAGUUUGGAAGUUUUGAAAUAAGGGCUUUGCUAACUGAUUUUUACCACAACCAAUAUUGUGAAAUUAAAUCAGUUCCAAUGAUAAAAUGCAUAAAAUAUGAUAUGACAAAACAAAACAAAGAGGGAAAUAUAAGUAUUCUAAAAUUGCUCGUGUAUUGAGUGCUAAUUUCUCAAAACUCUUUCUCUCUUUUGAAAAGUUGUUAUUUUCACUAGUUUCGAGGUUGCUCUAUAUAAUGGAAGUAAAAAUAAAUGUAUUUUAC